AUGAUCAAUUAUAGAAACAUUUAUUGGCUCGGAGAUGUGUGCAUCGGUACACCUGCACAAUGUUUCAAAAUGCUUUUUGAUACAGGUAGUUCAGAUUUCUGGGUAUCAUCUACAAAUUGUAACACAGGAAACUGUGCUAAAUUCGUUGAUAAAUUUGAUGCAUCGAAAUCAUCGACUUUCAGACGUCUUCCAAAUCAUAACAUGUUUUCGAUACGAUACGGAGAUGGAACAAGCGUAUCAGGUUUCAUGGGUGUUGAUAAUGUUUCCAUAAAUGGUCUCAUGCUUGAACGUCAACACUUUGCUCAGAUCACUUUUUUACAAGAUUCGAGCAAUUUUACAUACGAUGGUAUCUGCGGUCUAGGAUUUUAUUCGCUAUCUGAAGGACAUAUGACGCCAAUUGUUUUCAAUCUUUGGCAUCAAAGACUUAUCGAUCAACCUAUCGUUUCAUUUUGGCUUGAUCCCAAUCUAAAACAUGCAAGAGGUGGAGAGAUUUAUUUCGGCGGUGUUGACUCUCAACUCUUUGAAGGUGAAAUGAUUUAUGCUAAUGUAACCAAACAGAGACAACAAUCAUGGCAAAUCCAAUUGAAUGGCAUUAAGGCAGGUAGAUUGAAUUUAUGUAAUGGCGGCUGUACAGCAAUUAUCGACUCUGGUACAACAUAUAUUAUUGGACCAUCUUCAGAUGUUUACCGUCUUCUCCGGUCAAUUCCUCAUUAUAAUCCAACGGAUGAUUCUGUCAAUUGUUCAUAUCGAUCAUCUAUGGCUGACCUCAUUUUUAUUAUUGGGAACAAAUCACUGGUAUUGACUGCUGCUCAAUACGUUUAUUCUAGUAUUGAUGCAUCAAAGAAUAACAGUGUCUUCUGUUAUUCUGGUAUUAAAUCUUACUAUCAAGAUAUCUUGAAUGAUAAUCCUCUAUGGAUUCUGGGUGAUAUAUUUAUGACUCAUUACUACACGACUUUUGAUUUUGGCAAACGACGCAUUGGAUUUGCUAAAUCAGUUACUGUUCUUAAGUAG